AUGCAAAUUUGCCUCGUUAGUUGGAUCGUUUCUAUCUUAUUCAUCACAAUAAAAAGUGAUAAUAAAACGACAUACAUUUGCGAUAGAAGACUUUCAUGUGGAUGUUCAUCCAAUGUAGCUGUUCUUGCACGUAUUAUUGGUGGCGAAGAAGUUUUAUCUCAUUCAUGGGGCUGGAUGGUAGGUUUAUAUCGUUCAAAUAGUUACUUUUGUGGUGGUUCUUUGAUUGAAUUGGAUUUAAUUCUUACUGCUGCACAUUGUAUGAAAUCUGAGUUAACAAAAUUAGCUAAUAUUACAGUCAUUGCCGGAAGCAAUUCGCUUUCGAAUCGCGAUGGUCAAGGGCAGAUACGUCAUGUUCAUGAAGUUUUCAUGCAUCCAGAUUUUGACAAUAAUUUGAACGUUAAUGAUAUUGCUAUUAUUCGUUUAUCAUCACCAUUCGAUAUUUCUGUUUCGAAAAUAGCAACUAUUUGUUUACCUGCUGCAGUCACUCUUGAAUCAAUAGCCAAAUUAGAAUAUCCAGUACCGGGUACAGCUCUUGUUGUGAUUGGAUGGGGUGUUAUAAGUACUAGCAAUCCGAAUCCAUCAACAUCUUUACAACAAGUUACAAUACAAGCAGUUGAAAGUACAUCCAGCGCAUGCAAAACUCCCGCUCAAGAAAUGGCGAACGUUACUUUACAGUUUUGUGCUGGAGUAUCAGGUGGUGGAAAAGAUUCAUGCCAAGGCGACAGUGGUAGUCCAAUCAUGGCAUUUUUUGACAAUCGUUGGUACAUUAUGGGCAUCACAUCAAUUGGUUAUGGAUGUGCUUUACCUGGUCACUCAGGAAUUUAUACACGUUUGGCUUACUACAUUCCAUUUAUUGAGACAAUUAAAAAUAAAAAUCAAACGAUAUUUUCCUCCGUAUUAGCAAGUACACCUAAUAAUUCAAUGAGUAUACUCUCUCCGAUAAACGAAUCUGAAUCUGGUGACGAUAACGAGGAAGUUGCUCGUCCAGUGGAAUUAAUUGAACAUAUUUCUAAUGAUAAUAUCGAAAAGGAACCAUCUGAUAAAUUCAUUGAUGAAAAUAAUUUUCAUGAAACUCAACGAUCCGUUGUUGUUAAUGAAUCUCAACCAUUAGCCAGAUGUAGUGUACUUUAUUUGGGUGCAGCUAUUCCGACACCAAAUCAACAGGGUAUUGAUUCUAUACAAGAACCUUUAUCAAAAAGAUAUCCAAUCGAUGGAAGCGCGUUUGUUCAAGGUGCUGAAGCUUGGUUAUCUAUCGAUGAAAAUGGUCUACAAAUACAAUUUGUUUCUGAUCCAUCACAUUUACUCUAUUAUCCCAUUCGUUCUCUUGUUUAUUGUGCUAGUGUACGUUUUGUAGAACGAAGUGAAACACGUGAUAAAUAUUCACACGAUUGGCGUUUUGUUCCAUUAGAUUAUCCAGAAGCUAGUCACAUUGAAAAUACACAUAAUCCACCAUUGUUUGUUGCUAAUUUUCAACGAACACGUCUUUUACCGACAGAUGAAUGUCAUUGUUUUGUUAUAAAAACUGUACAAACUGCAGUAGCACUUGUUCAAGCUUGUUCUAGUGCAUAUGGAAUAGCUGAUUCAGAACAAGAUUGUUCAAAAGUGCCAAUUUACUUCGAAGUUAAAGAUGAUGGAUCGAAGAUUCAAGAAAUUGACAAUGAAUUUUAUCUUACACCGGCAUUAGAUGAAGAAGAAAAUUUCGAUUAUCAAAUAAAUAAUAAUUGCACUGGUUUUUUCUAUGUAACACAUCAAAUUUCGAUUGAAUUUUGGCAAUUGUGGGAACCUUCUAAACAUGAUCAUAAUCGGCCAUUAAGUAGUCUAUCUAAUAAAUCAUUAUCAUCGAAUUCAUCACGUCAUAGUUCUCAUCAUCGUCGGCGCGCAUCUAUUAAAUCAAACAAUUCUGAUAUUCAACAGCCUUUGUCUCAAUAUCAAACUCCAACACAGAAUCCUGUUAAAGAACCAUUGGAAUCUGUUAUUGAUCCCUAUGCACAUGAUCCUAAUGUUGUUCGCGUUGAAAGUAUCAAAGAUAUGAGUACUGGCCGCGAUAUUUUUAUUCGAUGGCUUCGUAAUACAUCGGAAACAACCGAACAAGUAUCAGUUUAUCCGAAACCUGCAUAUGAUUUUCAUGUAGAUUUUAAUACUGAUUAUCCUGACGAUCAAUCUGAUCGAAAAUUAUCUAAUCAAAUGAAAAAUUUAGCAAUAAGUGAUGAUGAUUUUAAAAAUUUAUUCAUGAUUUACAAUAAAUAUCAAUCAAUAACAACAGAUCAUGAAGAGAAAAAAACAAAGAAAAAACAUAGAAAACACAAACAUCAAAAUCAUGAAGUUAUUAGUGAAUCCAGUGAACACCAUCAUAAAACGAAAAGUUCAAAUAAAGCUCAUAAAAAACAUCGGCAUAAAAAUCAUGAAGCUUCUGAAACAUCUGCACCUCAAUUGCUACAACAAAAUUUUUCUGCAUCGUCUUAUAGUAUGACAUCUCCAUAUGAUACAUCGGUUUCAUUUCACACAUUACCAUCAUAUUCUCAAUCAGAUUUAAUGUACGAAACGCCUCCGUAUUGGUCAUUUUAA